AUGCAAGAUGGGAUUUCGGCGAUCCUUGGAGUAGAGAGAGUGGAUAAACAUGACAGGUAUCUCGGACUUCCUACGGAGCUUAGAUACUCAAAGUCGGAGGCCUUUGGUUUUUUGAAUGAGCAGAUUCGCAACCGGAUUCAAGGUUGGCGUGAGAAAACUUUGAGCAUUGCUGGCAAAGAGAUGUUAAUUAAGGCGGUAGUCCAGGCGAUUCCUUCCUAUGUGAUGAGUUUUUUUGAAGUUCCUAAAUACUUAUGUGAUGAAAUGCAUAGAUUGAUGGCUCAGUUUUGGUGGGGAGAUGAUGGAGAUGCUAGAAAGAUUUAUUGGGUUGCUUGGGAUAGAUUGUGUUUCCCUAAAAGUGAGGGGGGUUUAGGGUUUCAAAAUAUGCAUCACUUUAAUCUUGCAUUACUAGCUAAACAGGGUUGGCGGCUGUUCCAACAACCGGAUUCCAUGAUUGCAAAGCUCCUCAAAGCUAAGUAUUUCCCACGGUGUUCGUUCAUGGAGGUUGAAAUUAAAGGAGGGGAAUCCUACACUUGGCGUAGUAUUUUAUUAGGGAGGGAGGUGCUAAAGAAGGGUUUGAGGUUCCAAGUAGGUGAUGGAGUUAACAUUUUGGUUUGGGAUGCCCCAUGGGUGCCUCUGCCUCAGUCAUUUAGGCCAUACUCACCGAUUUUGGAAGGUUUGGAAGAGCUUACAGUGGCUGAUUUAAUUGAUCUGGAUACUGGAGAGUGGGCGGUGGAUUUCAUGCAGGAGAUUUUUACGUUAGGGGAGGUGGAGAAGAUAGCAUGCAUUCCUUUAAGUGUUCGUGGUGCUCAGGACCGCCUUGUCUAG